GCGGCGGGGUUCUCCUUCUGCACUUCGUCGGGCGUCGUGUCCAACGGUCGAAUAUUUCGAAAUGUGUUUUAUGUGCGGGGUGUGAUGUUGUCACCGGCCACCCCGUUUGUUGCCAUUCGCGUGCGCGAGUGAGGGUUGUCCGUUCGGGUGGUCAUCUACACGUGGUGCGUUUCAUGGCAGACAUCUUCCGGCGGCUACCGCUCCUGUUACUAGCAUCUCUUCUGCUGCUUCUUCUCGUCUUUUUGCGCGCCUUCGUCGUGACGUGGCCUCCUGGGCGUAGACAGAGACGACAAGUGGAUAGGAAGACGACGAUGGACAGGCGGGACAGCUCCGUCGGACAGCAGAGACGUGUGAUGGAUUUCUCCAUUCCUGAUCGGCCCCGGUCCGGCCAUCGACCCGCCGCAUAUGACCCGUCCUUGUACAGUCAUCUUCCACCGCACGAACAGCCGCUACCGCCAGAUCCGGAGGACACCUGGGUUGAGGAUCUGUCGCACACACUUCCUGUGGGGAGUGGAUCUACGCAGGAGUGGACGAGCAGGCAGUGCCAGCAGAGGGAAGCAGGGACCACGCGCGAGUCAUUCACCGCAUUGCUGGAGGAGGGUGUCGACAACGCCGCCACAGAGCUUGUGGACUUGGAUUUCGGAUUGUGCAGCGGGAGUGGUGCAAGUGGUCCAAUCCACGGCGGAGGGGUGUUGGGAUCGCCAACGUUGGGAGGAGGAUCGUCCCGUGUCGGUGGGCUGACGAAUGGGUGUCGUCCACCGGUCCCGAGUUCCAUGGGCGCCGGGCCACUUGGCGAGCCGUCAAGGGCAGUGACACCCAUCCGCCCGUCGGUGUCUUCGCCUACAAUGCGGCAGAGGGCGAUCGCAAGCGCUGCAAUCAAUGAUGGGACCCCACCGGAAGACAUCGGGAGGCAGGCGUGGGAGAACUGCCGCCUACAGAUGCGGCGUGCUGCCACGGAGAACAUAACCACCGGUGUGUCUAGGCUUCGUGUGGGGAGCACGGAAGACGGUGAGGGGCUGGAGAUCCGACCCGUGGCUGCGGGUGGUGGGCGGAGGGGAGGACGUGGACGUCAACAGAGGGGCGAGUCGCGUGGUGGCCGAGGAUCGAGGGCUCCUAUGGGCGACAAGGGUGGCAAGCACCCAGCUUGGAGUGUGGAGGAUAUGUUGAAGCUCGCUCGAGCGAAGCGGGAUCAGCAAGCUCAUUUCGAGGGAAUGCCACACAACUACGGCCGCAUGCGCAACAGGGAGUGGAAGCUGCUGGACCUGCAGAAGCGGCUGGCGGAGGUCGGAGUGGACAGGACAACGGACGACAUAGGAAAGAAGUGGGACAACGUCUUCCAGCAGUACAAGAAGGUGCAGCGUUACCAGAACAUGUCCGGUGGGAAGAACUUCUUCACAUUAACUCCUGCAACGAGAGCGGAUGAGGGUUUCAACUUCCGAAUGGAUGAGCGAGUCUUCAAUGAGAUCGACAACAUGUCGAAAAAUAACAAGACCAUCUACCCGGACAACGUGGCAGACACGAGCGCACGCGGAGGAGUGCCGCCAGCAAUGGAUGGUCACCGCCAGGCGGCCGUUGGUGGAGAGUCCUCUGCUGGUGGACAGGGGGGUGAUGGCGUUGACGAAGAUGUGGGUUCAGCGCGGGAGACGGGGUUCAGUGCAGGGAGCACGGGCACUCCAACGAAGAGGAAGAACAUGCGGCAGCAGACCUUUGACGCCAUCGCCGAAGUCAUGGACAAACACGGUGCAUUGAUGGCGGACACGGUAGAGGGUGCGAGCAAACGGCAGUGUAGCAUCCUGGAGCGGCAGUGUGACAUCCUCGACCGGGAGGUUGAAGCCCAGAAGCGCCAGUGUGACAUAUUGGAGAGGCAUUACACGGCGUCCGAUGAGGCGAACAGGAUGAUGUGCACGGCGCAGCGCAUGCUUGCGCUCACCAACCUUGGCGUCCUGACGUCCACGCGCGGCGGCAGUGGCGGGACGGCUCGUGCGCAAGGAGUUUCGUCCGGUAACAUUCUGCCGCAGAGGGCCGUGGGUUCUGCAUCUACCAUCGCAUCCGUGUCCGAGCGCGGCGAAAAAGCUCCGGUAGGUGAGUCUCCAUCGCGCCACGUGGAGGCGUCGAACCCGACGACUGUCGCCGCUUCGCCGAGGGAUGUGCUUCAAUCCGCGCAAGCACCGAGCGCCGCUGGCCAUGCCGCCGCCCUCGGUGUUGGAGACAGGCGAGAAGAUAGGAGGGUGGAAGAGGCGGGGAGAAAGCAGGAGAGGAGGGAGGAGACUCCGCGCGGGGAAGAACAGGACGACCAGCCUCUGAGCUCGAGGAAGAAAAGGUCCCGCCAAGAAGCGGACCCCGACGUCGCGGCAAGAGUGUACUGGAUGGGGACGGGGCCUUUUGAAGGCGAUCGGAAGGAGGACGGGACAGAUGACGAAACGGGAGCGUAAGUGUCCUCGAUAUGGCCGUCUUGCGUGACAAGGAAGA